AAUACCCCCAUCCUCCGCGCACCCCCGGAGCAUAUCGUCUUUGGUCUUCUGGUAGCUGUUAUAUCUCAUUGCAUCUCCACCACCUGCCGCUCUGACUUCACAACUGCUACCACCAAGAAGGACCGGAAGAAGAUCGAAAAAGAACAUUAAAAAUCUAUAUAGAUUUGACUGGAGUAAAAUAGCAACAAAUCUCGAAAGAACGCUUUUAUAGCUGCUGUUUUUUUUGUCAAUGAAAUGUCUCGUUUGGUUUUCUAACCAGUUUUGAGGAAUAUAAUGCGGUGACGUUGAAAUCUUCAAGGCGAUUGUUUUUUUUUCUUGUGACUUUACGUCGUACUGGUUUCAGAAUCUGGUAGUACGAAAUGGUUUGAAACUUCGAUUGUUCAUUAGACGAAAGCGAAACUGUCAAUUCAAGAACCUGCUUUUAAAAGGGUUUAUUAAUCAUUUUGAAUACCGAUUUAACAUUUUCUUCUUGUGUUACAAGAAAGCGAACAUUGACAAGUUAGUGACUAACAUUAUUUUCGAUUUAAAGAGAGAUUUUGUUUCCUUUCUCGUAUCGGCGCCCCGAAAGUCAUCUCCAAGCUUGCCAAUUAAUUACCAGGAGAGAACGAAAUAUGGGAUUUCAUUCGGUUUGCUUUGUAUUCAUCUGUUUGGCAUUCGUGGCCAACGCCUUCCCAUACGACCAGGAAGCAGCUGCUAGAAUAUCACCUUACGUACCGGAUGUCGAUUCCGCGCCCCAAAGACAGCAGGAGGAAACGGUAGGCUCGAUGGAGGCCAACGAACUCCUGCAAAUCUUGGGUUUAAGCAAGGAACCAAUUUCGUUACCAACUAGGGAGUCUACAUCGCUGUCAUCUUCGUCGUCGUCAUCGGAGAGGAACCACUUCGCCCACCCGUUCAUGGUCAACCUUUACAACUCCCUGGUAGAUCCGAUGUCGGGAUUGACGUUUGGGCGAAGACCAUACAAUGCCACGAAGAUAAGAGCCGUGCCUGAAGCAGGCCGAGGUGGUCGACUGAGCUUCCAUUUUAAUCUAUCUCUUGUGGAAUCGAAUGUGGCCCUCCUCCAAGCUGAAUUUCAUCUCUACCGCAUAAGACCCCGAUGGACUGCAUCUCAAGAUACAAGAAGACCAAACUACUUUCAGGUCCACGUCUACCAACUCAAAUCAUCUGACACGUCGUCGUUGGAGGGCGCCAAACUAGUUGGAUUGAGGCUGAUGUCUGCCAAAGGAACUGGAUGGGAAGUGUUCAAUAUUCGUGACACUGUUCAAGAAUGGCUGAACAAUAAGACUUCCAACUUUGGGCUCUACAUCACUGUGACGUCACUCUCUGGCCAGCCUCUCCCCGACAACAUGCUUCGGUUUGCGAAGAAAGCACGCCAUGACAACGGUCGUCAACCAAUACUCGUGCUUUUCACACAAGAGAGUCUGGAUCGGAAAAACGGAAAAAGAAACAUCUCCGACCACAACGAUGACGAAUCGCCUCCUCCUGCCCUUUCAACAAUGGCAUUUCACCAUGGACCAAGUUCUUCAGAACUCCAACGCCGAAAGCGCUCAUUGGCUAAACAUCGAGCUUACGUCCAGGAUUUAGACCAAUCAGAAAACACAACACGGUCGGGAGGUUGUCUCCGAAAGAACAUGUAUGUAAGCUUCGAAGCGAUCGGUUGGUCGCCUUGGAUAAUCGCCCCCAAGGGAUACGACGCGUACAGGUGCAACGGUGGGUGCCCGCUCAAUUCGAAAUCGACGGAGGACGAAACGUGGUCCAACCAUGCUAAAGUAAAGGCAAUCAUGACCAGGAGGAAGCGAGGGGUGUCACCCCCGUGCUGUGUCCCAUCAGAGUUCCACCCACUUGGUCUUGCAAUUCUUUACCUUGAACCUGAAACGAGAAACAUUGUACUGACAGAACUCCCGGAUAUGAUUGUGGCAAAAUGUGGAUGUCGUUGAGCCAAAUUUAUACAUAUUCAAAAACAAUAAAAACAUUUUAUAACCGGUCGAAGUCCCACCAGCCAGCACCUCUCCCUGAAAGACGAUACGAGUAUAACUUUGACGAAAUAUAUAUACUUAAAUAGAUUUUGAGAAAUCAGGGUGUAGCAACAAACAUGGUGGAUAAAAAAAUGAAGAUUUGUAUUAGCAGUUGAAAUCCAAAUGAAUAUCUUUAAUCAUACUUCUUAUCAAGAUAAACUUAGGACUUUACGAUGCAGCAAAAAAAAAACUGUCCACGCAAUUAACUAGAAGCCAACUGAGUGUACAUGCCAAAUCCUGUACUUACAAUGUAAAACAUAUUUCUUGCAAGCAGGAUAAUCUUGGUCUGUAAAACCGCAUUCUGUAAGGGGGCUUUAAAUUCCUUAUCUUUGACGCAGAAUUUAUUUAUUUUUUUUUGGGGGGGGGGGAUAAGGCAUGUCCCGGAGCCAUGUAUAAGGUAGUCUACUCUGCGUCGCCAAUCAUUUCACAACCGUUUUCAUGCAUAUUUUAGGUCUGUGCCAAAUACACAGCGCGGCAAGUUUGAUGGCACCGUCAUAGUCAGUACUUUAAGUUCUUUGUCAAUUUGCGUUACGUUGCAAACACUGAUAACCCGUCUAAGGGAGUGAUGCAAGAAAAUAUUUGCAAUCAAUCAUAAAAAUAUUCUGUUGCAAUUUCACAAUUGAUUGAUCACUUUUAACUAUAGCAAAUCAGACUACAUUUUUUUUGUUUCCUGGAGCAAAUUAGCAAUCAGUCGCACUUGCAAUUAUUAAUUGCAUGGCAUAUGCUUGAUUUCGGGAACAAAAAUCGACUUGCGAUUGAUCGCAAGUUUCUUGCAACGCCCCAUAAGAUAGUAUGAGGGGGAGAUCAGUGGUUGCAACUUGUGAAAUAUGAUACCAACAAGAGUGUUGUGGACGCGGAAUAAGCACGUACGUCAUAGGGGAGAAAAGAAUCCGUGUCAUGAGCUCGGUUGUAAAACAAAACCCUCCCUAUUUACAUAUCCAUGUGCAUGAUGGAGAGAAUCAACGCUGUUUUUUGUGUGAAUGAUGCCACGAAAGCCAGUAAGAUGGAGUGCGGUAGCGUUCUACGUGAAUAAGAAGGGUGUAUUUGAUUGGGUUGGUCUGUGCGCGCAAGUCAUAAAUCAUAAAAAACGUUCUAGAGAAGACAACCAAUAGCGCCGCUUGGCACUUAUUCAGUACUUUGACAUCGUUCAUAUCUGUACAUUUAUUAUGAACAGUAAUUUUGAAACGCGCACCGGGAACGCGCUUAAUGUUGUAAAUACAAGCUUUCUCAUUGAGUUUGACAUGGUGGCUAUAUUAUACUGAAACGACUCGAACCAUGUCUUUUCUGAUGACUUAAAACAAUAGUUAUUUUUAACUCUGUGCUACUAAAGCUCACUAUAUUGACAAUUUAUCACUACGUAUGUGACUAAUAAUUUAGCGGGGUACCUCUAUCUGGCAUUUCGUAUCUAUACGUUGGUAUGAUG